AUGCGGAGAAGACCGAAUAACCGAAAUAAUCCAGCGAAUCCCCCUUCACUCCCACCCCCAAAUCUACCUCACCCAUUACCACUUCUACCACAACCACAUCCCCCUCCUCGCAACCAACAACAGAGUUAUCAUCAACCCCAACAACAGCCCCAUUUCCAGAAUCAACAGCAGCCACCCCACCAACAAACCCAUCAGCCUACUCAUCACCUAAGUCCUCAAAAAUCUCAACAACAAACUUCUCAUUCCCAAAACCGACAACAACCACAUCACCUUAGUCCACAGCACGUUCAGCAGCACACGCCUCAUCCUCAAACUCGACAACAAUCUAAUCACAUAAGUCCCCAACAUAUUCAACAGAAACCUCCUCAUACCCAUAACCAGCAGCAACCCCAUCAACUAAGUCCGCAACAUAUUCCACAACCACCAUCUCAUUCCCAAAACAGGCAGCAACCACUUCCCUUGAGCCCUCAACGUACUCAACAGCAGCAACCUUCUCAUUCUCAAAACCGACAGCAACCACAUCAUUUGAGCCCUCAACAUAUUCAACAGCAAUCUUCUCAUUCCCAAAACCGGCCACAAUCACAGCACCUAAGUCCACAGCAUAUUCAAAAGUCCCAAAACCUACCACCCCACUCAACCAACAUGCAAUCCCUUCAACUUAGCCCCCAAAGAACUCAACAUCAAAAUCGACCACCCUCUCUUCACACAAGUCCCCAAAAGAUUCAACAACAUCCUACUCAUCAAAACCCACAGCAAACUCAGCAAUCUUAUCUGCAGGCUCCACCACAACGACCCCCUGUUAUGGCAAACUUGAAUUUCCAGCAAGCGCCUAGAAGCCUAGCUAGUGGCGGGGUGGGCUCGCGCGGCCUAGUGGGCGGAGUCUCCGGCCAUGUAACGCCCACGUUUGGCGGAGCCCUGUCGCCGGGCCGGGGCUCCACGGCGAUGCCCGGCGGCGCUCCUCCCGCCAUGGCUUCCAGGUCGACACUGUUCGGACAGCGCGCCUUCGCGGAUAGAAGAGUACCCAUGCCCACGACGUUGGCGCAACCUAAUUCCAAUUCUAUGUCAAGUAUGGGCAAUUUGACGAGGUUUAACGCGGGCAACAACUACCAUUCUGUGUUUGGCGAAGGCGGUGACACGUCGACGCCGCCAUUACUAGACCUAAGCGAGUUCCCGUCGCUCACGGCGCGGGGCGCGGGCGACCAGGCGCCCGCCGCCGCGCCGCCCCCACCCGGCUCUAAACCUUACGUGGGUAUGGUGAAGCAGCCAACUUCCGAGCAGUCCGAGUUCACGAUGUCGUCGGAGGACUUCCCCGCGUUGCCGGGCACGUCGAGCACGGGCGGAGCGCCCGCGGCCCCCGCACAGCCCGGCCCGCCGGCGCCCGCGCUGACCAACCCCGAAUAUACCAACCAUAACGCCGACAAGCCGAGGAAAGGCAUACAGACCUCGCCCGAUGGCAAAGUGACGAAUAUACCAGAGACUAUGAUACCGAACCAGUUCGGUAUAGUGGGCCUGUUGACGUUCAUACGAGCGGCGGAAUCGGACCCCAGUUUAGUGUCGUUGGCGUUAGGGCAAGAUCUCACCGCGCUGGGAUUGAACCUCAAUUCGCCGGACAAUCUGUACCUCACCUUCGCUGGACCCUGGGCGGACACGCCCUGUAGACCACAAGAUAUGGACUACCACGUGCCUCCUGAAUAUCUGAUAAACGGUUCUAUUAGAGAAAAGUUGGCGCCUCUACGACUGAAUCGAUAUAAGGAAGACUUAUUGUUUUAUUUGUUCUAUUGCUUCGUUGGCGAUGUAUUACAAAUUGCAGCUGCCGCUGAGCUGUAUAACCGCGAAUGGCGGUAUCACAUGGAGGAGAAGGUGUGGAUCUCUCAGGCCCCCGGCAUGCCCAUGGUGGAGAAGACUUCCACGUACGAACGAGGCACCUACUAUUUCUUUGACGCGCACAAUUGGCGCAAGGUGGCGAAAGAAUUCCACCUGGACUACAGUAAACUGGAGGGGCGGCCGCAGCUGCCGUCGCACGUGGUCACGUAG